GUUGGUCGACUUUUCUAGACGUCAAUAGAUUGUGACAAAGGCAACUCAACGAAGUCAUCGUCGGUGGGAUAGUCCGGUGUUUCCGAUCUGUACCACCACCGAACAUUACAAGAUAACAAGGUGGACUCGUGGACCGCGUAACUACCAUAACAAACUCGGUAUAUUCCAAGCCAAAUGCCGUACUCGCAUCACAGCCACUCUGGCCAAUUCUGCCCGGGCCACGCUCGAGAUCGACUCGAGGAGGUCGUCGAGGCCGCGUUAUCCAAGCGGAUGCAGGUCCUGGCCCUGACGGAGCACAUGCCGCGGCACGACGACGAUCGCUACCCGGAAGAAGUCGAGGCGGGCAUGACUUUUGCUUCGUACCACCUCGAGAACGAACGGGCCUACUUUGAGGAAGCCGAGCGGUUACGAGAAAAGUACCAAGGUCGCAUCGAUCUUCUCGUCGGGUUCGAAGGGGAAUGGAUCCGACCGCAGGAGUCAGCAGACCUCGUCCGGAGGAGCCUGGACGUCUACCGCCCGGACUUCUUCAUCGGCUCGGUCCAUCACGUGCACACGAUCCCCAUCGACUACGACGGAGAAAUGUACGGGCGGGCGAGACAGGUCGCGGGGGGGACGGACGAACGACUCUUCGAGGACUAUUUCGACUCCCAGGCGGACAUGCUGCGAUCCCUCAGACCGCCCGUCGUGGGCCACUUUGACCUGAUCCGUCUAAAGAGUGACGACCCAGACGGGAGUUUUGUGGCCAUGAAGGGUGUGUGGGAACGAAUCUUGAACAAUCUAGACUACAUUGCCUCGUACGGAGGAGUGCUCGAAAUCAACACUGCCAGUCUGCGGAAGGGACUGGAUGAACCGUACCCUAAAGCGGAGAUUUGCCAGGCUGCCCUGGAGCGAAAGAUCCGAUUCUGUCUCUCGGACGAUAGUCACGGGUGUGACCAGGUUGCUACCAACUAUUCUCGCGUAUUACCGUUCCUCGACAAGGCGGGCAUCUCCCAGUUGACCUACCUGAAGCGAGGAGCAGGGAGCUCUGUCCCUUCUUCUUCUCCUCCUUCUUCCAAUACAGGGGUGGUGUUGGAGGACAAGAGAUUUCCAAAUUUGUGCUUUGAAACCGUAAAAGUCAAAGACAUUCGCCAUCAUCCCUUUUGGACAUGUUUAUAGAGAGCUUCCUUCAUCUUCAUAGCCAGUCAAUAUAUUUGCCAUGCAAAGAGAACAUACUCCGUACCUGGAGUAGGUCUUUUGGGUAAAAUUACC